AAGAGAUUGAAACAAAGUUUCCGAAUAUCUCUCUCGGAAUACAGAAACGGGUUCAUUCUCUGUUGGAUUGUAACAUUGUUUCGAUAAUCCCGUCGUCGCGGACGGGACACUGAAAUACAAGACCGUCUGCCCUCCAUGCAUUUUAGCACUGACAUUUUUUGUUAAGUAGAGAGCCAUGAUGGGAAGACUGGCCCUUCAAGUGGUCACAGCAUACGCUGUUUGUCUGUCCGUGUGUCUGGUUGCGUCAGUCAAGGGAGAUCACUGCCUCAUCAUCAGUGAGGUUAACGCAGACAACCCCAAACUGGACACCACAGAGUUCGUUGAGCUCUAUCAUACUGGUGGUCAGAGGGCUUCACUGGACGGCUACACCCUGGUGUUCUACAAUGGAAAUGGCAAUGUAGCCUACAAAGUACUGGACUUGAAGGGCCACACCACGGACGACCGGGGCUUCUUCCUGGUUGGCUCGGUGGACAUGCAGCCCAAACCAGCCAUCCCCCUCCCGCCCAACACCGUCCAGAAUGGCCCGGACGCCAUUGCGCUUUACCACACGUCCGCCACACGCUACGGGGAGAAGAUGAACGCCACAGCCGUGGGGCUGGUGGAUGCCAUCGUGUACGUGACGCGGCAGUCUGGGGGCGCGGAGGUCCUGGCCGAGACGUUGACCCCUGGGGAGCCGGCCUUCGUAGAGGACGAGGGGGCCCACGAGGGAGACGAGUCAAUCGAAAGGUGCCUGGUCUCUGGGGAAAGCUGGGGCUUCCAGGUGGCCCUACCUUCACCUGGCCAACGCAACCACUGCACACCCCCUAAAUCCAGUGCUGCCACUACGCGUAUCAGCGAGCUGAAGCUGGGAGGGGGGCAGGUGGACGGGUUUGUGGAGCUAAGUGAGUCCCAGGCUGCAGGACCUCUAGUGCUGCUGGUACUAGACGGGCGGACGGAAACGAUCAGUGCGAGUGUGGACGUGUCCAACUCCAGGGAAGGCCUGAUCUCCAUCACCAUUGACAAGAACAACAUGAAAGGAGAUGAGUCUGGGGCGGUGGCGCUGUAUAGUGGCAAGGCCUCCGACUUCCCUGUGGGCAGCCCUCUGAGCCAGACGCAGCCCUUAGAUGCCUUUGUGUACGUUGGACCAGGGGACCAACCCAGUGCCAACCUCACAGAGACCCUCAUACCAGGCAGACAGCCCUACCAGCUCAGUGCCAGUUUUGGGGAGGGAUGCCUCUACCUCAGUCGCUGUGGUGUGGCCAGUUGGACCAGAGACCCCGGUGUAUUCUGGGAAGCGCCACAAACCCCCGGACAGCCCAACCAGUGCCCCUGGCCAAAUAUUUGUCCUCACGUCACUGUAGUCCCUGGGAGUACGGAGGUGCCCCCUCACCUCCCGCCCUGGGCCCGGGGUGACUUCCUGAUCAGCGAGCUAAAUGCAGACAACCCGGGCUCGGCCGAGGACGGCGAGUUCAUCGAGCUGUGGCACCCGUCGGGCCGCCGCAUCUCCCUGCAGGGAGUGUGGCUCCUCCUGUUCAGUGGACACAACAGCAAGCCCUACCGUGAGAUCAGCCUCACAGGCCACUUCACCACUGCCCAAGGCUACUUCCUGGUGGGCAGUGAUAGGCUGGUCCCGGCUCCCUCGGUUCGCCUGCCUCCCAACACCAUCCAGAACGGGCCGGACGCAGUGGCCCUGUACCGCAGUGCCUUUGGCCCGCCCUCAGCCUCCCAGAACGGGAUCCCGACCCAGGGGUUGCUGGACGCGGUGGUGUACCGGCUGAGGGGCUCGGACAAGGACGCCCAGGAGCUGAGUGAUGCGUUGACCCCAGGACAGCUCCCCCUGCUGGAGGACCCAGAGGUGCAGUCCGGAGACGAGGCCCUGAGCCGCUGUAAUGGCCUGCUGCCUGCUGACCUGUCUGCUUUUGUGGUGGCCCCACCCACACCUCUGAGGGAGAACUCUUGUCCCCGCCCACCCCCUCCCCCUGAGGGUGUGGUCAUCAGUGAGGUGGGCGGUGCCCACUGGACCAACCACAGCCAGCAGAGCGGGUUUGUGGAGCUGUUAGGAUCGCCCCUGACUUCUCUACAGGGCCUGGUCCUGACUGUGUUUGAAGAGUAUCGCGCCGGUACGACUAUGGCCCUCCCUCUGACCGGAAUCACAGACCAUAACGGCUUCUACCUCAUCGGGAACAUCACAGGAGCAGACCAGGUGUUUCCCAAGGGGGCCACAAUUCCGGCCAAUGGGGCUGUAGUCCUGUGUUCUGACACAGUCACUGUGUGUAGAGCUGGUACCACCCUAACCAACAGCACUCUUCGUGACACACUAGUGUUCAGUGAUGACCUGAGAUUGCUCAUUAAACUCUCUGCCACCAGAGGGCAGCAGGUGAUGCCUGUACUCAGGUCAGUGGAGGACGGUCCCGUGUCUCUCAGCCGUUGCUCCUGUUGCGAGGCGAGAAGCCCCUCCUCCUGGACCAGCUCCUCCCCCACCCCGCGCCUGACCAACAUCUGCCCCAGCCCCGCUUUCUCCAGCGACCUCAACCUAUGCCUGGCUCCCCUCUCCGGUGAUUGGCAGGAGCACCCAGGAAACUGCAGUGGACUGGUGCAGGGUCACAGUGAGAUGGAUGUGGCUGGCUAUCUAGAGGAAAGAUGUCACUGUGGGAUCUCUGCCCUUUACCUGCAGGUGGCCAACUUCUCCUGUGUGGCCGGGUGGCUCCGUGUACUGGGGAACAUCCAGGCCCUGUCGGACCAUCAGAGGGCCCUCAUCCUCCAGACCUCCCUCACCCAGGGGGACACCUGUACCGACCCGGCUACUGACCGAAGCAUGAGCACUGAGUCUGCCCUGGGCCUGCAGAUUGGCCUGGUGCUGGGAGCUCUACUGCUACUGGGACUGGGAGCAGCCCUCUUUACCUACCUCUACAAAAAGAGGCGACCAUUGGACUAUUACUCCAUGGAGCUGAAUGAAACUGAAGAGGGCCCUUCAGAACUUUAAGUGCGUGUGCAUAUGAGGGAGCAUUUCUUAGCUCUGGUGUGUAUUCUUCUGUCUGAUUUUUGAAUAGGGAUAUCCCGCUAGACAAGAGACCAGCACCAUUUUUGUUCAUGUGUAUGAAUUACCAUCUUUUUACAUUCCCUCCAUCAUAAUUCAGUCAAUGUUGCACUAGAUUUACUGCUAUGUAAUCAUGGUAAUACAGUCCUGUGCCUGCGUUUUCCUUCAAAUGUAAAACGUUCUCUCUUAAACAGAUCUGAAAGUGUAUAAAGUAACAAGACUACCAAUCUCAAAAGUAAUCAUGAGUUACCGGUACUAAAAGUGAUGUAGAUUUAUUUAGUUAAAAUGUGAAUGCUUGUGAUUAACCAGUGAUGAGUGUUGGUCAGAAUUCGUGUUGACAUUCUAUUAGUUGAGGAAAAGGAAUAUGAAAGACAAUAUGCAUAUGGAGCCUCUCUCCUCUACUUGGAGCUAUGGAGUCCUUUAUAAGCACAAAGCUAUUUUAUGGUAA